UACAUUAAAAACUACUCGCUUUCUUCUUCACUUCUUCAUUCCACAGAGAGAAAAGAAAAGGAGGGAAGCUUUGUUUUCUUAGGUGAUAUACAUAGUAAGAGAGUUUGGUAACCAUGCCAGCAGGUGGAUUCUCAUCGGUGCCACCGGCGGGGGUGGAGUUUGAAGCUAAGAUCACUCCCAUCGUCAUUAUUUCUUGUAUAAUGGCAGCCACCGGCGGCCUCAUGUUCGGUUAUGACGUCGGUGUUUCUGGUGGAGUUACAUCCAUGCCGGACUUCUUGCGAAAAUUCUUUCCCGUGGUUUAUCGUCGGACAAAUGACCCAGGAAUCAAUGGAAAUUACUGCAAAUAUGAUAAUCAAGGCCUGCAACUGUUCACUUCAUCGCUCUAUUUGGCUGGUUUAACGGCCACCUUCAUUGCCUCCUAUACCACUAGGAGGCUAGGUCGCCGGCUCACCAUGUUGAUUGCUGGUUUCUUUUUCAUUAUUGGUGUUAUUCUUAAUGCUGCUGCUCAAGACCUUGCCAUGCUUAUUAUUGGCAGGAUAUUGCUUGGUUGUGGAGUUGGUUUUGCUAACCAGGCUGUGCCACUGUUCCUAUCGGAGAUAGCACCCACAAGGAUUCGUGGAGGGCUAAACAUAUUAUUUCAGCUUAACGUCACCAUCGGAAUUCUCUUUGCCAAUCUGGUCAACUACGGGACUGCCAAAAUUAACGGAGGAUGGGGUUGGAGGCUAUCAUUAGGAUUAGCCGGCAUUCCAGCACUUCUCUUAACCGUUGGCGCCCUCCUGGUGCUUGACAGUCCUAACAGUCUCAUCGAGCGUGGUCACCUGGAAGAAGGAAAGGCUGUGCUCAGAAAGAUUCGGGGCACAGAUAAUAUUGAGCCUGAGUUCCUGGAGCUUGUUGAGGCAAGUCGCGUGGCUAAACAAGUGAAACACCCUUUCAGGAAUCUCCUUCAGCGCAGGAACCGCCCCCAACUUGUCAUUGCAAUUGCUCUGCAGAUCUUCCAGCAAUGUACGGGUAUCAAUGCUAUCAUGUUUUAUGCUCCAGUCCUGUUUGACACACUAGGAUUUGGCAAUGAUGCUGCCCUUUACUCUGCUGUGAUCACUGGGGCUGUCAAUGUGCUCUCCACCAUUGUAUCCAUUUACUCAGUUGACAAAGUGGGCCGUCGCGUGCUGUUACUUGAAGCCGGUGUCCAGAUGUUUUUCUCUCAAGUAGUCAUAGCAAUUAUUCUAGGAUUCAAGGUUAAAGACCAUUCUGAUGAUCUCCACAAAGGUUUUGCAAUCCUAGUUGUUGUUAUGGUGUGUACUUUCGUGUCAGCCUUUGCUUGGUCUUGGGGGCCUCUUGGUUGGCUGAUCCCUAGUGAAACAUUCCCCCUGGAGACCCGGUCGGCAGGCCAGAGUGUGACUGUUUGUGUUAACUUGCUCUUCACCUUUGUUAUAGCUCAGGCUUUCCUCUCAAUGCUCUGCCACUUCAAGUUUGGAAUCUUCUUGUUCUUCUCUGGCUGGGUCCUGAUCAUGUCGAUCUUCACACUGUUUCUACUACCCGAGACGAAAAACGUUCCAAUUGAAGAGAUGACUGAGAGAGUGUGGAAGCAGCACUGGUUUUGGAAGAGAUUCAUGGAUGAUGAUCAUGAGGGAGCAGGUGUUGCCAAUGGCGAUAUUGCAAAGAAAAAUGGGCAUGCUAAUGGUUUUGAUCCAACUUCCCAGUUGUAAAUUUGUGCUGUUUCUGCUUACGUCUCAGUACUUCACAAAAAUAGAUGCAUUAGAGAGUAGACAAUGGAUAUAGGUAUCAGACAAAUGUAUGACUACUGUUAUUAAAAGUCCUGGUGAAAUUGUUGCGAGAGUAUUUGAUGUAUAAUAGUGGCUAUCAAAAAUCAAUCUUUGUGCACCA